UGUGUAGUUACAGACUGAUCUCUUCGGGAACAUGGCCGCCAGGGGGAGGGAGCGCGGCACUGGCCCCUCCCACCUCCAAAUGGCGGCGCUGGUUAAGCCUCUCUUGUUCGGAUACUGGCGGAGCUCCUGUUCAUGGAGGGUCCGGAUAGCGCUGGCUCUGAAGAACAUUGAAUAUGACCAACAUCCCAUCAAUCUGAUCCAGGAUGGUGGGCAGCAGCUGACUGAUGAGUACAAGAAGGUGAACCCAAUGCUGCAAGUGCCAGCGCUAAAGAUAGAUGGCAUCACCCUGACACAGUCGCUUGCCAUCAUUGAAUACCUGGAAGAGACGCGACCAAACCCCCCACUGCUCCCCAGGGACCCCAUUCGGAGAGCACAGUGCCGAAUAAUCAGUGAGCAAAUUGCCUCGGGCAUCCAGCCAGUGCAGAACCUCUCAGUGCUGAAGAGAGUCGGAGACAAACAGCAGGAGUGGGCCCAGCACUAUAUCACACGCGGGUUCCAAGCCCUGGAGCUCCUGCUGAAGGACACAGCCGGACGGUACUGCGUGGGGGAUGAGGUGACAAUGGCUGAUGCUUGUCUGGUUCCACAGGUGUUCAACGCAAACAGGUUUAAAGUGGACAUUACCCCAUACCCCACAAUCUCCAGGAUCAACCAGUCUCUGUGCCAGCUGGAGGCGUUUCAGGUCUCCCACCCUGGUCGGCAGCCAGAUACUCCCCCCGACUUCAGAGCGUGAGGUCCCAGGCCAGAACAGCUGAGACUGAAAUAUACCCACGGACAAUGGAAAGUUUCUUAUUUCUGUCAUUUUAUAUUGGAAAUAUGUCAGCGUGAGAGAAUAAAGAGAUUUCAGUGCUGGA